GGGGACAGACAGAACAUUCCAGUGUGACUGUGAAGGAAGACACUGAAACUAUGGAGACAAGUCCAUCUGACUCAAACACCAAGGACAAUGUAGAUGCUGAGGAAGAGGAUGCUCAAACUGUUAAACAGUUGUCGUCAGAAGAAGACACAGAAGACCUUGACCACACAUCUGAGCCACAGUCCUAUGAUCUGGGUUUUAAAAAGGUUUUUAAAUUUGUUGGAUUCAGAUUCACAGUAAAGAAGGAAAAGACGGGGAAAUCUGAACCAGUUCAACUGCUUACUGUAAAAACAGAAACACAAGUCCCUGAAGGAACUGAUGAUCAAAAAGAAGUCGCAUCAGAAGAAGUAGCGAUGCCUGAGGAUGCGCUCCCUGCAGAAGACAACACCAAAGACACACUGAAAAAUGAAAAACCAGAAGAUGAGUCUCCGAAACCACCAGAAGCAAAUGAGACUUGUUCUCAAUCAGCUGCCUCAGCCACUGAUACCGGAUCACCGUUAAGAAAAUUUUUUACUCAGGGAUGGACUGGAUUAAGAAAAAAGAAGAGUUUUAGGAAGCCUCAAGAAGAUGAACUGGAGUCUCCUACAAAAGAAGAGGAGCAAGAAAAGGAGGGGGCAACGUUAACAACUGAAACGAGUGAAAAGGAGGAGAAAUCUGGGUUUGAGAAGCAAGAUGAAGAGAAGAAUGUGACAGUGGUAACUAUUGAAGCGCAUGAGGAGGAGCAAACUGAAGGUGAAAAGCAAGAGUCAAAAAAGACUGUGGCAGCCAUGGGAGUCGAAGCAUGUGAGAAGGAAGAGCUAAUCAAGCAUGAUGAGCAGGGACAAAAAGAGGAUGUAGUAGCAGCAGCAGUUGUUAAAGAAAGUGCAAAGGAGAAAAAAGCUGAAGAAGAUGAUCAAGAAAGGAAACUGGUGGAAGUUCCAGAUCUUGGUAUAAAGGAAGAAAAAACUGAAGAAGGAGAGAAAGAAAGUGAGGUGACAGAGGAACCACUAAAGACAAGGUACGUGGUACCUGUUACUACUGACAGUGUGAAUGGAGAACUGAAAACAUCCUCAGAAGUCCUACCUAUGGGAGAAGAACCGGAGUCAACUGGAGAGGACAGAACUGAAAUAGCCUCUGAAGGGAAACCUGAAGCAGUAUCUUUGGCAAUUGAAACUUCUAGUGAACAGCUUAAAAAAACUGAAGGAAGAGAAGGAAAUAAACCUGCUCCGCUAGAUAAAGAAACUUUUGAUGAAAAAACAGAGGAAAAAGAAUUGAAAAUUUCACCCACAUCAGAAGACAUCACUGGAAAGUUAGACACUCAAGGAAAAGCUCAAGAUGGAACCACAGAGAAGAAGGAAAGCAAAGAGCAUGAGACAAAACUGAGUCCGAGUGCUCCUGGAUUUAAGUCCUUUUCUACUUCUGAACGUUCAGUUGACACUACAGAGAAUGAUCAACAGUCACUCAGACCCACUGAGGAAAGUCUACAGGGAAAAACUGAUGUGGUUAUGACUGAUACUCUCAAACCAGAUGAAAUAACCACAGAAAUAACUCCUGAAGAGGCAGCUGGAAAGAGGCCUCCAGAAGGCAUCACAAAUGAAGCUGAAUUGCUGUCAUCUCAAGAAAAAACUAAACUGCAAGGCAGCCCUUUAAAGAAACUCUUUACAGGUACCGGAUUAAAAAAACUGUCUGGAAAGAAGCAUAAAGGCAAAAAAGAAGAAUCUAAGUCAGGGGAACAGGGUGAACUAAAUCAGCACUUAUCAGAUUCCCCAGAUAGCCCGGAGGAACAAAAGGGUGAGAGUUCUGCUUCUUCUCCUGAGGAGAUGAAUGAAAUUCCUUCUUUGGAAAAACCUGUAGAUGGAACACAGGUCACUGAAAAUGAAGAUGCUGCAGUUUCAGAUGUGGAGCGAAAAAGAGAAAGUGUUACGCCCUGGGCAUCGUUUAAAAAGAUGGUGACUCCCAAGAAGCGUGUCAGAAGACCUUCUGAAAGUGAUAAAGAAGAAGAAACUGAUAAGACAAAGAGUGCUGCAGUGUCUGCAACUGAAAAUGCUGUUGAUGAAAAUCAGGGAGAAUUAAAAGAAAAUGGGAUGGACCAGAAACCAGAGAAAGCCACAGAAGAGCCCAAAAGAAAGGUCGACACCUCUGUGUCCUGGGAAGCUUUUAUAUGUGUAGGCUCUUCAAAGAAAAGAGCCAGGAAAUCAUCAUCAUCUGAUGAAGAAACUGAACAUAAGCUUGGUCAAGAAAGCCAAAAAGUGGAAGAAUCUGGACAGAGCAAAGAAACGGCAACAGAUGCAGUUCUUACUAGUUCUCAGGAGAGUGAUCAAGGACAAGGGAAUUCUUCCCCAGAACAAGCUGGAAGCCCAUCCGAAGGUGAAGGUAUUUCAACAUGGGAAUCAUUUAAAAGGUUAGUCACUCCAAGAAGGAAAUCCAAAACCAGAAUGGAAGAGAGAACUGAAGACUCUGUUGUGGGAUCUAGCCUGGAGCAUUCAACAUCAGAUGGUGAGCCUGGAAAAGAUGAAUCAUGGGUUCCAUUUAGAAAACUGAUGCCUGGGCGUAGGAAGAAAAAGUCAGAUGGGAAACCGGAACCAACUCAUCUUACACAGACAAGAGAAGACAUGGCAGAAACAACUGAAGAAGAUUCAGAUAUUCCAGCUGUUGUUCCUUUAUCCGAGUAUGAAGCAGCAGAGCAGGAGAAAAUUGAAGCCCAGCAAGUGAAAGAUACCGAAGCAAUGAAAGAACCAACCUCAGAGGAAGAGAGAGCAGAAAAAUUAGAGGAACAUGAAGGGCUGGUACAUGCAGUUACUGUUACCGUUGUGGAAGGGGAAAGGGCAGUUACCAGUAUUGAAGAAAGGUCACCAUCUUGGAUAUCGGCUGCUCUGACAGAGUGCGUUGAGCGGGCAAAAGAAGAGGAAGAGAAAGAAACCGAGAAAACAUGUGAAUCAGAUGUUGCUGUGGAAGAAGCAGUGGUAGCUGCUGAGACAGCACCAGAGACAAGAAAGGAUAUAAGUGAUGACACCACAGCAAGUGAGCUAGAGCUAACCUCAGAAGUAGUGACUGCUCUGGAGGAGACAGCAGAAGCUUCCUGCGCUGAAGAAACAAUGGAAGUGUCCAUUGCUGAGGAGACAACUGAAAUGGUUUCUGCUGUUUCACAGUUGUUAGAAACCCCAGAUACUACAGAGGAAGUGACACCCGUACAAGAAGUAGAGGCCACUGAACAGAAUUUAAAAGAAUUAGACAAACAGACAGAAAAAGUUCUUCACGAAGUUGCUGAAAGAGUCAAGUCAGCAGAUGUAGCCCAGCUGGUUAGUGAAAGAACUGUGACACCAACUGUAAUUACAACAGUGCAAGGAAUUGAGUCAAAAGUGGAAGGUGAUGCUAAAGAUGGGAAAGUUACAGUUCAGGAAACUGUUUUGCUUGAACAGUCCUUGAAAAAAGAAGAGCACAAGGAGGAUGACCUCCAGGCCCUGGAAAGUGCAGGGAGCAUUCAGGGCCAAACCAGAGCUGAAGAGAGUGUUCUACAGGAAGGUUCAGAGAGAAGUGAGAUACCUGCUGCAACAAAAGAAAGCACAGAAGGAUAUGAAAAUGUAGAUGUAUUGAGAGAUGAAAGCCAAUGGCAGACAUGUGAAGAACCAGUAGUAGAAGACCAUGAAGAAAUAUCUGAAGUUCAGAGGACAGUAGAGGAACCUUCAUCACAAGAUAGAGACUUUAAUAUUAUCAAAGCAGCUACUCCCGAGGAAGAGCCGUUUACAAAGCAGGAGCCUUCAGAACAGGAGAAACUGCCCAUAACGGAUUCGACAGUAGAUGAGAGAGGAGAUGAACAUACUCCAGAAGUGCAGACUGCAGUGCAGGACAAGACAGAGGAUGAAACCUCUACCUUGGGGCUUCCAGCUGAAGAGCCUGUGCAGCUUGAAGGAGAGGACAAAACCCUCACGGUGGGACAAGAGUGCACAGAAGCAGCUGUCACUGUGGUCCCCAUUAAACCUGAAAGACAAGAUGAAAUUCCUGACUUAGACUCACAAGAACAAGCUUAUACUGAAGGAGUUCCUAGCAGGGUAUCUGCUCAGAGGGAGGAAGAUGGAGAUGAUGCUGUGAUCCUUGGAGUAAAAAGCACAGAAGUCACUGUUACUGAGGUUCCUUCACAGAAUGAGGUAAAAACUUCUGCCCCUCCUUCAGAAACAAUUGGCUCAGAAGCAGCUGCAGAUGCUGAGCAGAGUGUGAGGGAUGAGGCUGGCAGGCAGGUUACAGCAAAAGAUUCUGUGCCCAUCCUAGAGCCACAAUGCAGAGAAGAAACAACUGAGACCCCUUCCCAGAGUGAUGAAACUGAAGGUGGCAAAAUGGAAGAAGCUAUGCUGGAAACUGAAACACACUUAGAGAGCGACACCACUAUCACUGAGGCUCCCGCUCAGGCUGAAGCAGACAGUGUAUCUAAUUUAGCACCAGCAUGCCCAGAUAUCACUGAAAAUGGAAGCACUUUUCUUACUGACAUAAGUCCUAAGAAAUGUGAAACACUAAGCAGCUUAGUUGAAGAAGAAACUGUGGAGGAAGAAGAACAACUCAUAGAAACCUCCACCUGUCAAGACUUCCAGAAAGAAGAUAACAAAAAUGAGCAAUUGAUGGAAGGAGCUAAAGAAGUAUUUGAAUCUGGAAAACAAGAAGCUGUGAGUGGUGAUGAAUGUUCAACUGCUGUCCAGCAAGAGGUUUUAACUGUGCAAGAGGAAGGCUCUGACUCAGCCUUCCUACAAGCUGAAAGCUUGGAGCCCUUGAAAGCGCCUGUGCCUGUAGCAACUGCAGCAGUUGAAGAGCACGUCGUGGCCGAAGCCAUAACACCUGCAGAUACGACAGCUGAAACUGUGCAGCCCUUGGCAACCCCACCAGACCAAAUGGCUUCUGAAGAGGUCCCAGUUACUACUGUUGAAUAUUCAAGCUGUGGGACUGCAGAGCUUGGCAGUACAGGAGCACCUGAGCCUCGGGUAACUCCUGCUUCCAUGAAUGGAAUAUCGGAGGAGCAAGAGAGGCCCCAGAGUACAGGACAACCCAAACACAAUGGUAUUCCUCUAAGUGACAGCCUGUCUGUCAGCCACACGGAAUUUGAGCAGGAUGUUGUUCCGACUGUGACUAUAGAGACCCAGAGUACGAAAAUCGUAUUGAAUGCCAUCCAGACAGCUGUCCACAAACUUGAAGAAACAGAAGUGUCAGCUGCCUUUGAGUCAGACCAGCACAUUAAGUCCACAGGGAAAAGCUCAUCAGAUACAAAUACACCUGAAUUUCUGGAAGGUACACAGGUGGAUCAUCAGCCUCCAGUAAAAGAGGAAGAGAUACGGAGUAAAGAACAAAAGCUCCAGGAACCAGGAACAGUGAAAACGGCGACCUUAACAGAGUCUGCAGAAAUUCAUGCAACUGUAGAAACAACAAAAGACAUGCUGAUAAUUUCUGAGAUGCUGAAAGAUGGACAAAGUCCGAAUUCUUUAACAAUUGUCACUAGCCCUGAAGAUGUUCCAAGGGAAGGUGUGAGACUUCAGAAAUCAACGCUAGAACUGACUACUUCGGAAGAGUCAACCAAAGACCCCUUGGACAUACAUGCACCAAAAUUAAAGGAAAAAGAGGUUGGGCAGAUUAUGGAAAUCCCAGACCAACAUACAGGUCAGCAAACAUGUAGAGAAAGUGAGGAAGAACAACAUCAGCCACCAGUGGAAGAUGGGAAAACAGAGACAUGGGAAGAUGGCAGUUACCAAGAAGAAACAUCUUGUGAUAGUCCGCAGAGUCAGAACUCGGUGGCUCCUGAGGCCUUGAAU